GUUCACUGCACGCGAGUAAUCAGAGAGCUGCAACCCCGCAAUCGAUGCGAGCAUCGGGGCCACGACAUGAUGGCCACCUUCAAAGACUGGCUCUCAGUGACGUGGUCGCACGGCGGGAUGCAUCUACAACCAGAGCCCGCCGCCGACGACGACGGGGACUCUGUCAGGGGCCGGUACGGACGUGCCGGCAGCCUGGCCGUGACUCCGGGCGAGAAGAUCAUGGAGCUCCUGCGACCCAACGUGGGCACUCCGCGGAGACACUCCACAGCUGCGUGUGCGCCCGCGCAGCCGCGAACCUCAGGUUUCGUGUACUGUCCCUCAGACGCGCUGCCAUACUGCCCUCCGUCGAGGUUCGCGCCUCCCAGGACAGUUAUAAAGUUACCCCCACCACAAAUAAAAACGCCGCCACAGCCACCACCGGUACCACAGAGAACAGCGCCAGUGGUGGCACCGCUACCAGUUCCACCUCCGGCGCCGCCACGGCGCACCUCUCCGCUACCACCUCGAAGAAUCCCGCCGCCCACUCCUCCGAGACCACUACCGGCACCAGCGACAACAGAUCCGAAUGGAAAUAAAAAACACAUUCCGCCUCCUUUACCACAAAAUCCCACCCCAAAUAUAAAUCCCCCAAAACUAGACUGUAAUAGGAAUCCGCAGCCAAACGUCCCGAGACGUCCGCCGCAAAAAAUACCAGACACUACUUCAUCAUUUCCCCCGACACAGUUACCACAGAACAACCCAAUUAAACGUUCGCCUAGUUCAGGGUCGAACAUCAGCGUCCGACAAGACUCUAACGUUUCCUCGGACUCCUUCAGCCAAACAUCUUCCCCAUCAUACACCACAAAGACGAUGGAAACUCCGUUACUACCUCAUCAGCAUGCGAAUAAAAGCCUGAACGCUAAGAUAGCUCGAGGCUUGCUGUUGAAAGAGCAGCAGGAGAAAGAAACAGGAAACUCUUCCAUAACUAAAAGUAUGUCGACGCCAGCGUCUUUGCAGACCAUCGUGAGGUUUCAAAAUGGAAGCAACAUGUCACUACAUCAUAGGAUGCUGCGCGACAUGCGAGGCGCGGGUGCAAGCGGCUCGGCGCAUAAGUUCCGACUGCUGCAGCUGGCACUCAACGCGGUGGCACUACUGGCCAUCACUGGCGCGCUAUUCGCCUACUUCCACGCCAACCCCGCCGUGCAGUACGUGUCGCAAGUGGUGAACCGCUCCGCGCUAGCGACGUGGCCGACGCCGACGGAUCCGCCGGGCGCGCGAAACCCCGCGCCGGGCGUGUGUCUACCCGUCAUCGUGAAGUUCUGCCACCAGCACCGCAUCUCGUACAACUUCACCGUCUUCCCCAACUACAUAGGACAUUUUGGGCAGCGCGACGCGCAGCUGGACCUGGAGAUUUACGACGCCGUGGUGGACGUGCGCUGCUACGAGCUCACGGCGCUGUUCCUAUGCUCUCUGUUCGUGCCCAAGUGUGGCCCGCUGGGGCACAUGGUGCGGCCCUGCAAGAGCUUGUGCCAGGAGACGAUGCGUCGCUGCGGCUUCUUCCUGGAGGUGUUCGGGCUCGCUAUGCCGGAAUACUUGCAGUGUGACAUCUUCCCCGAGUCAACCGACACCGACGUCUGUCUUGGAAACAGAGAAGUCAAAGAAGCACGGUUCCGAGCAGCAAAACCAGUGUGCCCCACCGGUUUCCAAUGCGAUAUGAACCGAUGCAUUCCGCACGACUGGCGCUGCGAUGGCCACGUGGACUGCGCGGACCGCUCCGACGAGCUCAACUGCCGCGUCUGCAAGAGGAGCGGUGACGUCCACUGCGGCAACCAGCGCUGCAUCUCACAAGCACACCUGUGCGACGGCAAGAUCGACUGCCCCUGGGGACAAGACGAGAGGAACUGCUUGCGCCUGAGCGAGGCGAACGGCGACAUCGGGCGAGGCGAGCUGCAAGUCUACCGAGCAGCCAACCAGUCGUGGUUCCCCGCCUGCAUCAGCACCCUGGAGGACUCCACCUCCCUCAAGCUCUGCUCCAUGCUCGGAUACUCCUGGGUGAACCAUAGCGCGGCGGUGGGCGGCGCGGGCGCACGCGCGGGCAGCACGCACAAGCCCGCACUGGCGCACGCGGGCGCGGCGGCGCACGCGCAGCGCGUGCUCGGCGUGGCGCAGUCGUACCGCGCCUUCGUGCGCAGCGAGGGCGGUCUGCUGCGGGAGCUCAAGGACUGCCGGCACGACUCCUCGCGCGUUCACCUCGUGUGCAACAACUACGAGUGCGGCAAGCGGCGUACCAUAGGCGGCGCGACGAAACGGAUCGUGGGUGGAGUGGAGGCUUCGCCGGGCGACUGGCCCUUCCUCGCCGCCAUCCUGGGCGGGCCCGAAGAGGUGUUCUACUGCGCGGGCGUGCUGGUGGCAGACCAGUGGGUGCUGACCGCCUCGCACUGCGUGGGGAACCACUCGGACGUGAACGGCUGGACGAUCCAGCUGGGCAUCACGCGGCGCCGCUCGCACGCCUACUACGGCCAGAAGGUGAAAGUGCGGCGAGUGGUACCACACCCGCUGUACAACGUGGGCGUGGCGCACGACAACGACAUCGCGCUUUUCCAACUGGCAGUGCGCGUGCGCUACCACGAGCAGCUGUCCCCCGUGUGCCUGCCGCCCCCGCAGCGUGCCCUCGCCCCCGGGACCCUGUGCACUGUCAUAGGCUGGGGGAAGCGAGACGACAAGGACAUGUCAGAAUACGAGCCGGCGGUGAACGAAGUGGAGGUACCAGUGCUGAACCGAGAUCUGUGCAACCAGUGGCUCGAACAUCGCGAGCUGAACGUCACAGAGGGCAUGCUCUGCGCUGGCUACCCGGAAGGUGGCAAGGACGCUUGUCAGGGUGACUCCGGCGGGCCGCUGCUAUGCAAGGACCCGGACGACGCGUCGCGCUGGUACGUGGGCGGCAUCGUGUCGUGGGGCAUCAAGUGCGCGCACCCGCGCCUGCCCGGCGUGUACGCGUACGUGCCGCGCUACGUGCCGUGGAUCCUACGCCAGAUCCGCCUCUACAACGACGAGGAUGCCAAAUCGGACGCAGACGCGUGAGCGCUGACGUUCUGAAGGCUAGCUGAACUGUGUACUACGGGGAAGUACUCGCCACUCACGGACUUUACUAGCACACUGUUGGUGUGCAUGGCACCGGCCGACGACCUGUAGGGUAGCAGGACUGUGUAUAGCAGGGAAGUACCAACGUAACCACUUGUAUUCAUUUGGGGAAGAAAAGGACAAGGCCUGAUUCCACAGUAUUUUGAUGAACAUUAUUUACCUCUUACAAAGUAGGGUAAAACCUAAAGUGAGGUUUUAGAAAAUUAUAUAAUUAUAUACUAGCUCUUGCGCGAAUAUACAUUUUUAUCGACAUCGGACA